UUUAUAGUAAAACUAAAGCAUCGGCGGAUACAUGUACAAAGAACUGUCCUUCUUAGAUGCGACAGGUGAUCUUUAAAUGCUCAGUUAUGCCUUGUGUUGGGUAGGGAUUAAAUGGAAUUAUUAUUUUCUGAUGAAAAUGUAAAUGGCGCACGGAACACGGGUUUUGCGAAUGGUCAUGUGUUUGAAUUUUGUUAAUAAAAAAUCCACACGCCAUUGCAAUAACCGUGUUUUGCCUACAAGGAAUGCGCCUUUCAGACAGAGUGUACGUUAUGACGUAGGAAAACGUCACCACGAAUUCCUGUCACUUAAUUGCAUAUCUGCUUGUAUGAUAUCCUGAGUUGUUAUCCUUGGUAAUCAAAAGAAAUCCCAUAAGUGACUUGUGGCUUGGAAUGUUUUUUCUGCCACAUGCAAAUUGGAUUGACAGCGCUCUGGGUAGUGCGCAGUCUUUUGCUUUAUUCUGGCGGUCGACUCCACCGCAGACGCCCGCUGCUCACAGGAUUCUCCGUCCGGCUGACUUCUGUCCACAUCCAAGUCAGCCAUGUUUAACAACAGCUCUCUGGCAUCGCCCGUUACCGGCAGGACAUCGGCAAGAGAAUUCAACAGGCAGAUUCCCUGUAUCCUGUGGCACCUGCAAAACAAGUCAUCCUACAACCAAGCCGAACAAGCCUGCUCCGCGUACACGGACUUUGUUGAGUUUGGAACAGGACUUACCGUCGCCUUUUGGCUGACAGGACUUCAUAUUAUCAUUUCUAACGCUGCCGUACUUUGGGGAAUCAUUAGAACACCAGAGCUCCGCAAACAGAUCUACAUGUUCAUGGCAAACCUUGCCGUGGCAGACAUGUUAGCAGGUACAGGACUCCUCGUACGAUGUCAAGCUGUAGCCCAAGUGGUAGGAUUGAGCAGAUUGUAUUUCAUACUGAAUAUUGCUACUUUCAUAGUAUAUAGUCAGAUGAUGUCUGCAUCAGCACUAUGCCUAUUGUCGUUAAGCACCUAUGUUGCAAUAAGACAUCCUAUAUUCUUCCACACCCAUGCUCACAGUGCCAGACGUGACGCAGGUGUGGCGAUUGUUACUUCGUGGCUUAUUCUGACCCUGUUUGGUUUUACGCCUAGUAUGGGAUGGAACUGUCUAGACAUGCCAGAUUUAAAGUGUUUGGACAUUUUUCCUUUAGCGGCCGUUGCUCUUGAAUUCAUUACAAUCUUGUUGCUAAUCUGUGUUAUGCUGUUCACGAAUAUAAGUGUGUAUAUAGCCAUCAAAGAACGGCAAAAGAGAAGACUUGGGCAGGCAGGGGGGCACAACGAUCACAACGCAUUGCAAGAUCAGCCUAACGAUGCAGCAGAAAGAAAAUACCAAAGGAGCGUGCACAAGGCCAGGACUGUUAUGAUUCAGGUAGUAGCGGCCUUUAUCUUCUGGCUUUUGCCCAUGAUACUCAUCCCAGCCUGCAUUAAGGCUGGGGAGAAGUGCCCAUUCUCGACCGGGGACACUUUCGGAGUAUCCUUGUUGGGGCCAUUGCUGAUGGCGUUUAACUCGGCGAUCAAUCCAGUCGCAAGCAUCAUCCGCACACCGGACUUACGACAGAGCCUCCGUCGAGACAUUACAACGAUCUACCAGGCACUAACCACCAUGAUACGGGCAAACCGCGUGAACCCACAGGAUGAACAGAUUCCCCUAAAUCAGCGGAGCGGUACCGGGGCGGGCUUUGGGAGCGAACAGAACAUGCCAACAGGGCAGCCCGCUACAGGACUUAACGUGACUCCGUUCAACCGGGGUAGAGCUGGCAGUCUUGCCAUCAUAGAGAUUGACUGA